GGCUUCAUUGUUGACCAGAAAAUUAUCUUUGGUGGAGGGUUCUGUUUCUUGCAUUUCCUCAUUUUUAUCUUUCUCCGACAAUGAGUCGAUUGCUACCGGCAAUUCGGACAUGAGCUUGGUGUUGACUUCAAAAAGUUUUUCUCUACGCAUAGUCGAUGAUAGAUGUGCUCGUAGACAAGCGUUGUUAUUGUUGCAAGUUUUAAAAUUUUACCUUCACAUAACAAACAUGGUUCAAGUUCCGGAAUUACAUCAUCAUUGGCAAGAAUUUAUGG